AUGGCUCUAAGUGGACAAACUGCCCUCGUUACCGGAGCCUCGAUGGGCAUCGGUGAAGCGACAGCAAGGGCUCUAGCCGAAGCCAGUGCAAAUUUAAUUCUUCUUUCUCGAUCCGAGGACAAACUAGCCAAACUCACAGAAGAGUUAAGCAAGCAAUACCCUCAGAUAAGAGUGAUCUACCGGACAGCCGAUGUAGGGAACUACGAAGAAGUUGAUACAGCUGUCGAGUCAUCAGUCAAAGAAGUCGGUGGCAUCGAUAUCCUCAUCAACAACGCCGGUCUCGCCCUUGGUGCGCCAAACGCCUUUCACAACCUCAAGAUAUCAGACAUCCAAACAAUGAUCUCAACCAACGUCAACGGCCCAAUGUACGUGACUCACUCUGUGCUCAACCGCAGUAUGCUUUCGCGCAAAUCAGGGACGAUCAUAAACGUCACCUCAGUCACAGGCCUAGAGGUUCCUCCUUUUACGGGCGAAGCAGUCUACCAUUCUAGCAAAGCGGCGCAAGAGGGAUUCACUAACUCAUUGAGGAAUGAGUUGAAUGGGUCUAAUAUCCGGGUGUUGGCGUUGAGGCCUGGUGUUGUUGCGGGACAUUUCCAUGCUCAAAGGAUCGGACAUGAUCAGUCCCAAUAUGAUGAGUUCUUGGACGGAUACACGCCGCUUAUUGCGAAUGAUGUUGCUGAAGCUGCGGUUUAUAUGCUUAGCCAGCCUCUCAACGUUUCUAUUAAGGCUUUGGAUGUUGUUCCUUCGGCUCAACGAUCUCUUACUGUCUUUGAUCGGCAGUGGAAUGAACGCACUGGA